AUGGCCACCCCCGUGCGGUGCCAAAACGGCGCAGCCGCGGGCGCCCCCUCCUUCCCCAUGCCCGGCCAUGGCCGCGGCGCCCCCGCUCCGUACGCCGGCCAGGCGGCGCGGCGCCCCGGCGCGGCCGCGGACACCCCCGCCGGCGCCGCUAGCGACGCGGCGCGGCGCAUCGAAGCGGGCGCGAGUAGGCCCUGGCCAUGGCAUCCCCAUGGCGCGGGCGCUGGACUCCCCCUCCACCUCCCCAGCAUGGGCGGCGCGACGGCGAACCUCGUCAGGUACCGCGCCGGCACCGCGGGUUCCAACGGAUGUGAGAUUUUGAGGAGGCUAAUCGUGGUGAAAGGAGGCAAAAGAACAAGGCAAGACUGUGCUCAACGGCGAGAUAGCGUGACAUUUUCUGGUUAUAUCUUGAGGCCAUGGGUAUUGAAGAAUUGGCAACUAUUAAAUAUAAGUUCUCCACAAAAACAGUUAAUAGGUGUCCUCUGCAUACUUAUUAUAAAAAUUGUUGCAGGUCCCUUCCAUCUAGCAGACAUGUAA